AUGAUGAUGAUAGAUGUUAAUCAAGAUAAUGAUGAUGAUGAUGACGAUGAUCGAACAGAAACUUAUUCACCACCACCACUUGAUAUAACGAAUGAUUUAAAUAAUACUAAUGAAAAAGAAAAUAAUUAUAAAGAUACAAGUUCAAUCAAACAACAAUCAAUUAUAAUAUUAGAUGAUAGUUUAGAUCAAGUAACAACUACAAAACAAAUUGAUUAUGAGCCAAUUAAUAAUUAUUGGGAUCAAUGGCCAUUAGUCGAUAAUGGAUUAAAUGAUGCAGAACAUUUAAAACUUUAUUCUAUACCUGAUAUUGAUGUACCUCCUUCUCCCUCACGAGAUAUUAUUUUAUCUCCAAAUAAACAAAUUUCUACAACAACUGAAAAUAAUAUUCUUGAUAUUUUAACACUUCCAUCAACAUUAUCAACAUCUAAUCAAAUUAAUAAUUGCAAAAGAAAAAAAUCAUUAACAAAACGAAAGAAAAAAAAGAAAUCAAUGUCUGAAUAUCGACCACCAUCACCAUUUUCACCUAAACCAGAUUAUAAAUCAAUGGAUAUUGAACAAUUAAAAAAUCAUGCUAUGCGUUAUGGUCUAUCAACUUCACAAGCUAAAGGACGACUUAUUAAAAUUCUUGAUGAAAUUUAUAAUUUUACUCAUCAAUAUGAAACGGAUACUGAUUAUGAAUUUGAUACGAAUGAUAUUGAUCUUUCAAAAAAUAAUUCAAAUAAAAAAAAUUUAUCUCAUACACCACCAACACCAGCAAUUAUUUCUGAUGUUAAAAAACCAAAACAACGAAAAGCUAUUCAUCAAAUGAGUUCUUCAGAUGAGGCUGAUGAACAUCCAUCACCUUCCGUCAAGAAGCCAACUCCAAUAACAAAAGUCGAGGAUAAAAAUGAUAAUCAAUCAGAUGCCGAUGACAUAGAUCAUGAAGGUCGUUUUCUUGAACUUACAGUUUAUGAUCUUUCAUUAUCAACAACAUCAACUAGUUCAUCAUCGAUUAUUAUUACUUCACCUACUCAUCCUUCAAAUGAUGAUCAUCUCAGUGAUUCACAAAAACCAUCUAUCGAAAGUUGUUCUCAAUCGAAUAAAUCUAAAAAAUUGAAACCAAAAAAGAAACCAUCAACACCAAUAUUAACUUCCGAUUCCGAUACAAUAUCAACAAAAAAACUUCCAAAAAAACCAAAACUUCAAACUCCUACAAUUCCUUUAAAAGAAAUCGUUCGUAAUUAUAUUGAAUCAAAUUCAACAUUACAUGCUCGUAUACUUUGUUAUGAACCAAUUGAUUUCGAAGAAUUUCAUAAACAAAUAAAAACAGAUCUUAAUCUUAAAAUAGCAUCUAAAGACUUAAUGCAUUGUCUCGAUGAUCAAUGUAUUACAUUUACAUUACGUUCAAGAAAAGGCGCUUUUACUAGUGU